AUGUCAUUAAAAAUUGUGUCUGAAUUUAGCGUGAUCAAAGGGAAAUUCUCGUCUUGCAUUGUGAACCUUCUCCCAAACAAUCUCCCUCUCCGGCGUGAUUCUACCUCGGUGUACGGCGGCGUUUGGAUUGUCAUGGUUGAUUCACUUCACAAAGCGAUCGGUGCGAUGUCUCUUGAGGAGGAAGAACCUCUGAAUCUCGGUGACGAUCCAAGCUUUCGAGUCCUGGAUGAAAACGAAAAAAGUUUGAUGGGACGCCUAGUGAACCCCGACUGUCAGUCGAUGGCUCGAAUGAUAGAUUAUAUGCCCACGGCAUGGAGGGUUGUUGGAAGAGUGCGUGGUAUUGCUUUGUCUAGAGACUGUUUUCAAUUUAUUUUCCAGAGGGAGGAAGACCUUCAAACUGUUCUCAAGGAUCGGCCCUGGUCAUACAAUCACUGGGCGCUGCUGCUGGAAAGAUGGACCGCGCAUCCUGCGGAAGAUUAUCUCCAAUCAAUGAUGCUCUGGGUACGAAUCAGACACAUCCCUGUUAACUUCUUCACCACGAAAACAAUGUUUAAGCUAGCUUCUGAAGUAGGGUUGGUGGAAGAGAUUGCUUAUGACCCUGAGAUCUCUCAUACGAAAGAGUAUGUUAGGGCAUUGGUCACGUUUAAAGUGGAGAACCCUCUGAAAGCUUCCCGCAAGUUAACAAUUCCGGGUGAAAUCGUUACGAUUGAGUAUGAGUAUGAGAAAAUCUACAAGAGGUGUUUACAUUGCUUGCGUAUGACGCAUGAAAAGAUUCGAUGCCCUUUACUCAGGAGGGGGUCAAACAGAGGAAAUCAGUUGGAACCAAAACAUGUUGGUACUACUAGUAAUCCUCUUUCGCCGGCUACUACGUCGUUAGCGAAGCUGGAUAAAUGGGACGGCCCUCCUGGUUUCCCUCCUCUGUUUCCUGAGCUGUCGAAACAAGACCAGAAGAUGGCAAUGCUGUACAUUUCUCAUGCAGAUGAAACAGAGAGGUUGGCACGAAUUGAAAGAGUAAGGCAAGGGAUUGCUGAGAGUCAAGAGGAAUCGUCUGCGAGGAUCACAAGAAUCACACGCGAUCGAGACAAGGGCAAAGGUCACGUGUUUUCCUUCCAAGAAGCGGUAGAGAAACGACCUCGAGUUGGUCCUCUGCAAAUUGGUAAUUCACCACGCGGGAAUGAGGCUUCAGAAAAUGAGGCAGAAUCCGGUUCUUCAUCUAUCCAAGCUACUGCUUUCUCUGCUCCAACUAAGAGAACUUGA